UAAACAGGUACGUCACUAUUUUUAAUUAAAAUUAAAACUCCCCUAAUUUUUUAUUUAAUGAUUUCACGGUGUUGUUAUUUUUAUGUCAUAAACGCCAAACCAUUCGAUAUGAAUUUCGCGUGCGUUAAUGCUGCGUUCGUUUUAUUGGUUACGUAUGUACCUGCUCAUGGAGAAAUUCUAAAUGAAAUGUCGUAUUUUUCAGAGCCAUCGUAUUUACUCGACUGUAUCGAGCGUAUCGUCGACAGAUUUGUAUUUCGUGUACCGGUUGUAUUUUUCAAAGAUGAAGUAUCUCAAGUAUGGUGGUCCGAUUCGUUGAUAAAAAAUUUGAAAAAACCUACAUUAAUCGUUGAGAAGAAAAACAAUUUUGAUAUUCAAGGCUUUUACGUACUAUUUCCCAUAAAUUCUGAAUCCUAUACGGAAAUAUUCAACGCAAAAAAUUACGAUAAAAGUAAAUUCCUAUUAGUUUGGAGUCACCGAAAUAACGCAACUUUGUCUUUUGUUCGAAAUAUUUUUGAACAAUUUUGGUAUUUUCAAUACAUCAAUGUGAUCGCAUUAAUUGAAAACCAGAUUUACACUUUUUUACCCUACACCAAAGAUAAAUGCAAUUCGGUUGGAGAUCCUGUAUUGAUCGAUACGUGGAAUAUUCGUGAAAAACACUUCGAAUUUAAUUUCAACUUAUUUUUAUCCAGUCUUAAAGUGCAUAAUUUACACGGAUGUACUUUAAAGGCGAUUGGUAACCAUCAGCCACCGGAUAAUAUUAUGUACUUUGAAAAAAACGUCUGGAAUGCUACUGGCGUCGGGUAUAAAAUGUUGGAAAUUGUCAGCCAAUAUUUGAAUUUUACGCCUAUCAUAAUGGCGACUAAUUUAAGCACCGAUCAUACUUGGUAUUAUUUUUACGAAGAAUUAAAAUACGUAUCGGAGACUAUUUAUAGAAAGGGAGCGGAUUUAGCAUUUGGAUGGUUUUCGUACGCAAGCAUCGAAAUCCACAAUUUAGAUUUGACCGUUGAACUGGCACGUGUAAGUAGUAUCGAUUGUUUUGGUUGGGCUGUACCGUAUCGUGCUGGAGCAAAACCGCCUAAUCACGCGUACUAUUCGUACGAAUUUGAAAACGUCACGUGGAUGUUGAUUGUUUGCGUAUUCCUGCUUACUGCUUGUCUUGUGUAUUUCAUGCACAAAAAUAUUAUAUUUUCCGUAUUAUCGGUGUAUCGAAUUUUACUCGAACAGCCCGUAACUCAACACAAAUCGAGGAAUAGUUUUAAAAUGUUGUUCGUAAAUUUCAGUUUUUACAGUUUGAUUAUUACGGCUGUCUAUAAAGCUUCUUUUGGUAGUUUUAUUACCGUAUCGUCUCAUGGUAGGGAUUUUAUGAACGUUAGGGAUAUUUUGAACUCGUCGUUGAAAAUUUACGGCUCUCCGGAGAUGUUGAAUUUGCUUAACGCUACGAGCGUAAAAAGUGGCAUCCUCAACCAAAAUUUGCACAGAUUUAAUGUAUUAAAACCGUGUAAAUAUGAGGAUGUCAUGUCACGUGUCGUUCGUAAACGCGACAUCGCCGUAUUAGGCGUUAAACGUAGUUUGUAUUAUCAUUCGAUUUGGGAAGCAAAACGUAUCAAAGUUAAAAUACCAUUUAGGUUUAUUCCUGGAUGCCUAUUAAGAGCCCAUACUACACAUUUCAUGUUUAAACGAGGAUCCUAUUUGAUAGAACCCGUAAACGUAAUCUUGAAUCGUUUAUUCGAGACCGGGGUCAUACCUUAUUGGAUUUUACAUUUAGGAUCAAACAAAAUUUCACCCGUUGAAAGGUUCAAAGGUAGAACAUUAAGAUUGCGUUUUCUCAAAGAACCUAUCAUCAUUUUAAUCGUAGGAUAUUGUGUUGCGUUGUUGGUUUUCUUUCUCGAAAUCCUAUACUAUCGUAAACAUGCUCGUACUUUUACGAAACAUUGAAUCCGGUUUAAGGCGCGUGAUUUGAUUAUUUAAUAAGAUAAGGGUAUACCUAACU